CCUGUAGCGGCGUAGGCGAGCAAAAUGUCGUCGCUUCUUUGCUUAAAGCAGGAUGGUGGUAGUGUACACAUUCACGAUAAUGAUGUGAUCCGGGAAUUAGCUGUGGAUAGCCAGGAUCACACUAUGUCUGUUCUGAUGGACAAGAUAGAAACUAAAGGCCGAAAGUCCAGACAAGCAGUAGAGACCACAAAUGGAGAGGCAGGAAUGGAUUCACAAAGUCUCAUUGGACAGACCAUGAGGGUACAGGACUGGCUAAAUGAGAAAACAGUCAAAGGACUACAGGAAUUGAAAUCUAAAAACAGAUCUGUCUCCUCAGCAAAGAGCAGUUUGUGUGGUGAAGGGGAGAAAUCAGAUAUAGAGACUAGAGAAGCUCGUAAACUGUAUGAGCCUCUCUUGCAGACAGAGGACACAUUUGUCAAGAACCUGGAAGAAUACAUCACUUAUAAAGAUGUCAUGGAACAGAGAAAGAAGGAAAUGUUACACAAGAAAUGGAAUGACAGAGUGUUUGAGCCUCUUAGAAAAAAUAUUAUUGACGCUAUGGACAGUGAUGAUUGGCCCGAACUUGAUAGGCGGAAACGGGAACUCCACAAACAAUAUCUGGAAUUUACCAAUCAAAAGGGUCAUGUGUUCCUAGAUACUAUGGAUCCAGAGGAGUAUUAUGCCCAGGCACUAAAUGGUCACCGUCCUGCACCUAUCAAGCAUGCAUGUGCUAAAUGGGACAAGCGGAUAGCAGCAGCCAAGAAACAUUUUGACCAUCAGCAUUACAAGGUAUCUACAGCUGCCCUGAGGGAUCCGUUAUUGUCACAAGGGAGACAGCGCAGUGCUGAAGACAGGACUGUCCUUCGAUGUAUUACUGGCUGUAGUUACACAGACAAGGAUCUUGAACAAGUGAAGUUACCUCCCCUGCCCUUGGUGCCACUUGGUCGUCAUGGCACGGACAGCCUUAAGUGGCUAGAAAUGCCUUUACACAACAUAGAAAGUACCCCUCGCAUGGCCAGCAGGCGCAGAAUGCGAGGCACCUUUAACACCAGUAACUUGGACUAUAGCGUUUGGGAAAAGACACCCCAGGACAAUCACCAACGCUAUAAAGAAAUGCAGAUACAGAGGAAACGAAUAUUCCAGGAAACUCCACCUUUUGGAAAAUCUAAAAAGAAUGUGCGCAUAAUACCUCCAAAUUCCUCUCCAGAGUUACGGCGUGAACACACAGAGCCAUGCCUCCCAUUACAGCCACAUCCUCCUGUACAGCCACAUCCCCCAGUACAGCCACACCCACCCGCUGAGCCAUGCCCUAUGGCACCUCCAGAAACAGUGGCCACCAAAGCUGUACAAUUCACUGACAAUGUACCAACAGCUGCCGUGUCUUCUUAAUGAUGUGUGAUGCACUUAAUGCACUAUAAAACUGUUAUAUGAUUCUGUUUAAAGCAUUUUUUACACCAAAACAUUAUCAUCAGAUUUAAAUUGUAUAGUAUUCUGUAUCUGUUUUCUCCUAGCCAGCAGCACAACACAUAGACCUGCUGUCUCUGUGCUUUAGUGCUGUUUCUUGUUUUGUUUAUAUAUGUUAAAUCCGUCCAUUGUAGAGAGCUAAAUGCUCUGAAAUUUUCUCUAGGUUUGAGGUGACAAUGCACUAUGUAGAAAUCUUUAACUUCUUGAUAUUAGGAAAAGGAAAAAAAGGA